CCCUGGUUUUGAGUAACAGGUGUCCGGAGGCUGCACAGUAGCGUGGCGGCUCGGGCGGGCAGUCAGUGGCGACUCCAGUGAGUUCCUGGUUUAAGGGGGUCCUGGGGUGCCAGAAGCUGGGCUGAAUCCUCACCGGAAUGUUUUUCUCCACCCAGGCAGGGCCUAGCUGCUAACCCCUCUGGCUACGGGCCCCUUACGGAGCUCCCAGACUGGUCUUACGCGGAUGGCCGCCCUGCGCCUCCAAUGAAAGGCCAGCUUCGAAGAAAAGCCCAAAGGGAGAAGUUUGCAAGACGAGUUGUACUGCUGUCACAGGAAAUGGAUGCCGGGUUACAGGCAUGGCAGCUUAGGCAGCAGGAGAAGCUGCAGGAAGAAGAAAGGAAGCAGAAAAAUGCUCUGAAACCCAAAGGGGCUCUACUGAAGAGCCCACUACCAAGUCAAUAAGAAGCAAUUCCUGUCUCCCUCUCCCAGCCUCUCUCUGGCUUCCUUCUCUCCCACCAGCAUGCGUCAUCCCAGCCAGAGGAGAGCCUUCACAUCCCCAUCUGCCUUCCAAGCCCAAGAGCUUGGACACCAGGAGGAACAGCCUGUAGGAUCACUGCCUAGAAGAGUUGGCCAAGUGCCCUCAUCCCUGGCUCCCUUCCACUUCAGUGCAAUCGUGCGCUAGGACACUUGUCUCCUCCGCAGGCCAUCGGACUGGCCCUCUUGUGAACGGUAGCUGCUCUGUGAACAUGCAAAAGGGGCAGCAGUUAUCCUGUUGUUAGCUAGGCGCUCAAGCCUCUAACAGCCCCUACACAGCUCAGGCUGCAUGGCAGUUACUCAUUUAAUAAAUGUUUUGAUGAAAAAGGC